GCACAGACCACAAAUCCCGACACGUCGCAGAGCGCUCUUGAGCUGCUCAAAACAAGUUUGGUAGCGGAGCCUCCUCCGGGGGGCUGCCUCGCACGCGGGGCGUUGCGCCUGGGGAGCUCGCGAUCCAGGACAACUUCACCUACCAGCUGGGCGCUGCUACAUCCUUGCUGGCUCCUUCGGCACCUUCCUGGUUGGUCUGCUGACCAUUGGCUUUUGGGCUUUGUGGUGGACUACCUGGACUUCGCCGACAACACCUUGGCCUUCCCUGCGUACCUCCUGACCGUCCACUUUGCCUUUGACUUGGCUGGCCUGGUCUCUGUGUACCUCCUGGUGGUCCUCUCUGACAAGGGCGACGGCACGAUGACCAGCCCACCUACGACGGGAUCCAUCCCUCUUCAGGAGUUCAGGAGAGACAUCCCUCCAGGGUGGACUCCAGGGGACUCCGCCUACCCAUUGCGCCUCUACUUCGACAAGUUGAAGCUCUGGUACCGCAUCUGCAAUUUGGAUGACGAGAUCAUUGGGCCUCUCAUUGCAGGCAGACUUUACGGCCGCGCUGCAAAGAUAGCCCUGAACCUACGGGUACCUCGACCAGACGGUGGCUUCGACACCGGCGAUGCUGCUCUCGCUCGCUUGAGCGUUGACGAGGUCAGAGAUCCUCAGAGCGGCAACAUCAUACAAAGCCACAUCCCAUCAGGUGUCCAGUACCUGACCUCGGCAUUGAAGGCCGCAUUCGGUCAACAGGACCAAGACUUGGCGACUCAGGCUUUUGAGAAGUUCUUCAACAUCUCCAGGAACAAGAUGACCUUGGCCGAGUACAGCGUCGAGUUCGAGUCCAGACUGGAUGAGGCGAGCGAUCGCGCUGGCCUUCAGUUGAACGAGGUCGGAAGAUUCUUCCUCUUCUUCAAGCACAGCGGCUUGAGUGCAAAGACCGUGGACGACAUCAAGCUGCAGAUUGGGGGCGACUACACGCGCUUUCAAGAAGCUCGUGCACUGGCCCUGAGACUCAGCCCCAAUCGCAAUGACGACACCACGGAGAUCUUCUAUGGCGACAACAACGAGGAGGAGAACUACGACCUGGACUAUUGGUACGGCGACCACGAUGAUGAUGAUGGCUGGUGGCAGUACUAUGAUGCUGACGAUGGCUGGUACGACUAUGAUGACUCAGCUGGCAUCUGGUAUGACUGCUACGAGGAUGACCAAUGGUAUGAGGACUAUGGGGAAGCCUCCAACGAAGAGGUGCCACAGAUGCCAACCACCGACAAGAACGAGGAGAAGAACGAGGAUGAUGCAGCCUACUACAAGGGCAAAGGCAAGGACAAUGACGGCAAGGGCUAUGGAAAGCGAUCAUGGUAUGCAUCGUCAUCGAGUGCAACUACCUCCACCAACUUCAACGGCUAUGGAGAGACCUACAAGAAGGACACUUCAAAAGGGCUUGACAUUGGUGCAGGAGUUCCCAACUCAAACACCUCACUUCCAAAGCCUGGCAACUCUCCAAAGGAGUACAGCAUCCAUGGGCUUUCAGAGGACGAGGAGAUCAUCAAGCUUGGACGUGUGGAGCGCACCAGAUCGAGCUCUACCAGUGAUGAGUUGGCGGAGGACGACAAGAAGGAGAAGAAGGACAAGAAGCAUGCCACUGCUUUCUCCUUUGUCUCGAGCUUCUACGACACCCACGAGUACUUUGUGGUUCGUGGCCAGAAGAGACAGGGAUUGAUUGUGGAUCCUGGAGCUGCCUCCGGACUUAUAGGGUCUGAAACCCUCAGGGAGCUUCUCAACAACUGCGUGGAGCCCUACGGCCUUGCAGAUCAGGUGGAGAUCAAGAAGGACAAGACUUCGCCAGUCAGUGGAAUUUCUGGCAUGUCUGACAGGACUUUGGGCCAGGUGACAAGUCCACUGGUCACGAAUGGCCAAAGCAUUUCCUUCACAGGAGAAGUUCUUGGAGGUGAAGGCAGCCUGUGCCCUGCUCUCAUUGGCAACCCUUCGCUGCGACGCAUGAGCAGUGUCAUCUUUUGCAACUACUUUGAAGAUGGUGAUGGAUUGCUCACCGUCGACAUGGAUGCCGACAACCACAACGACCAGGAGAUUUCCAAGGUCAAGCUCUUCCGGCUUUUGCUGACGGAGUCAGGCCACUACCUGUUGCCGACAGAUGAGCCGACCAAGCACAAGUUGCGCGAUGGCAUCAAGCAGGAUGUGACGGCGUUCUUCAACAAGGUAGCAACCCAAGCCACUCAGCUAUGGCAAGAUGUCUGCCCAAGAAUGAAGCAUUGCUUCCUUUCAUCACGGCCUGCUCAGACGGAAGGCGACCGGGGUGAACAAGAGAAGUCAUGCACCACUGCAACAGAGAACAACAAGAAUGACACUCCGCUGCAGACAUCCUCUACUUCAACUUCCGAUGCAGCUGAUGGCAACACUGAUGAGCGGAAAGAGAAUGAGCAGGAAAAGAACGGCGCCAAGCACAGCAACUAUGAACAUGUUUCACAUCAAGGCAUUUUGCCUGGCGCGGAUGCGCCCAGUGCUCAGUUGGAGCACCACGUACAGAACGACAAGGAGCUGACUAAGCCCUGCGACACUUUUGAGAAGGGAUUUCAACAGUUUCACUCCGAGGAUGACUUUCCGCAGUACAAGGAGGACAUCCUGCCGAAUGACAUGGACCAGGCAAAGCUCCGAAAGCGCUAUCGCGCCAUCCCAGAGGAGUACUACUCCAAAUCAGGCCAAUCACACCCAACAACUUCCAGAAAUGGUUUUCUCGAGCCAAAGGACGUGGUCUCAAAUGGCACUUCUGGGAAGUUUGCAGCGGCAGUGGAAGACUAUCCCUCACCUUGCUCCUGGCCGGCCUGGUGA